CGCACUCAAGGUCUCUACGGGUGUCACAUUCCAAAGGGGACAGUCGUCAGGUUCACAACGAUUGUCGCGAGUUUUUUUUUCAACUUGUUAUUUCGUAUCUAACUCACUUUUGCAAUUGGCCAUAUCGAACCUGGGAUCGGGUGCCAUUAAACAUUAAGAACAAUUAAGAAGAAGAAGCCUACGGGUGUCGCACAAAAAUAAUGGAUCCAAUAAUGCGGUUGGAUUUGUAUAAACUACUUGGUGUAGAACAUACUGCUUCAGUGGCAGAGGUUAAAAAAGCAUAUCGUAAGAAAGCCUUAACAUGCCAUCCUGACAAGAAUCCUGAUAAUCCAAGAGCAGCAGAACUAUUCCUUGAACUCUCGCAAGCAUUGGAAAUAUUAACGGAUUUCAGUGCCAGAGCAGCGUAUGACAAAGUUUUCACUGCCAGGAAACAGGCAAAGAAACGCAUUAGAGUGCUCGACAGUAAAAGGCAAAAAUUUAAAGAAGACUUGGAAGCACGUGAAGAAGCUUAUAAAAGAUCGAUAGACCCCAAGUCUGAGGAGAACAGACUAAAGGCCAAAAUCGCAAGAUUAGAAAAGGAGGGGGCCAAACUAGUCGAACUCGAGAAUGAGAAGGCCUUUGCACAAGCACAAAUGCAGCGCAAAAUGUGCGCAUCCACCAGUGCUUCUUCUGCACCCAAUAGAUUUACGCAGCAACCGCAAAUGUCGGACGCAGAGUAUGCAGAGUACGAAGCGUAUGUUUUUGCCAAGCUAAGGAGAGCAGAGGAACUCAAACGGCGCGCAUCCAUCGGUGUUUCUUCUAUACCCAAUAUAUUCACGCAGCUGCCGAAAACGGACGCACAAAAGUACGUGUUGGCCAAUCGAAAGAGAGAGCAGGAGAGAGCAGAGGAACGCAAACGGCUCAUACAGGAAUUGGAGGCGCAGGAACAGGAAGAAACUUAAUUUCGUCCUUAGGUCUACAUUUGCGCGUGUAUUUAUAUUUUCUAUUCGAGAAAUAUAUGUAUAAUGUAUAUUUAUAAUAAAAAAUUAUUUAUUAUUAA